CAUGCGAUAAUAUGCGCAAAAAUAAUAAUAACCAAAUUUUAAUUAGGUGCACACAAAAUGCAAUUGAUUGCUUUAAUUAAAAAUCAAUCUUAAUUGAUUAUGUCAAUGCGUGUCAUCGUGUGAUCUAUUAGAUAGGCGAAUGUAAAAAGGACAAACCUUUAACCUAUGAAAUCAAAUAUAUAAGGAAAUCAAAGCGUUUAACGUGAAAAAUAUUACAAGCUAAAAAAAUAUCACUCAUCUCGUCUCGUUAAGUUUGAUGUUUUUGAUUAACAACACACAAGCAUUUAAUUAAAUAAAUAUAUAUUUGUGUUUGAUUGAAAGAAAAAAAGAAAGUGAAAAUGCUAAAUGUUCAUGAAUUAAUGGAAUGUCGAAUGCAACAGCAGCUUGCUUAUGAGAUUUAUCGACAACAAGUCAUGCAACGUAUACCGGAUCCCUUUCCAUCAAUAAUGCCUUUAACAGCGCCAUUUCGACAUAUGAUUAUACCAACGCGACCCACUUUGCCCGGCACAGUCGAAAUCAAUUUAGAAAAUAAUGAUUUAUGGAAACAAUUUCAUAAAAUCGGUACUGAAAUGAUUAUCACAAAAAGUGGAAGGCGUAUGUUUCCGUCGAUGCGCGCAACGGUGACUGGUCUGGAGGACGACGCCCAAUAUUGUUUGCUAUUGGAGAUGUUACCGAUCGGGGAUUGCCGUUACAAGUUUUCCGGUUCGCAAUGGGUGGCGGCCGGUGGUGCUGAACCGCAAUCUCCUCAGCGUAUGUUUUUACAUCCCGACAGUCCAGCGUCGGGUUCGCAUUGGCAAACUCAAGCCGUACUUUUUAAUAAAGUAAAACUAACCAACAAUACUUUGGAUAAUAACGGUCACAUGGUUCUGGCAAGUAUGCACAAAUAUCAGCCGCGCUUGCAUAUAAUAAAGACCAGCGAUCUAACACAAUUGCCUUGGUCGCCACAACAAAGUUUCAUAUUUCCUGAAACUGAAUUUAUCGCGGUGACGGCCUAUCAGAAUGAUCGCAUUACCAAAUUAAAAAUCGACAAUAACCCGUUUGCAAAAGGUUUCCGUGAAACGGGACAGUCGAAAUGUAAACGCAAACUAAUGGCCGGAAGUAGUUCAUCGUUGCAUUCGGCACAAGCGUCACAACAAGAGGAGCACUUGGAUGAUGAUCGUCUUAGCAGCACUAAUGGGGAGUCAUUGCAAAAACGUACUCGUUCUUCACUUAACGGGUUUAUGGACGAAGAGAACAUUUAUAAUUGUUUCGGUUCCACGUACUUUAUGACACAUUUAAGCUCAUUUUAUCAUGAUCCAUACCAAGGCCAUCAAUCUUAUUACAACGGACAAUCCCCAAAUUUGAUAAGAGCUCAUCAUCCUUCGGAAAUCUUAGAAUAUAAAUCAGCUAAUCAUGUUAGGUCUAAAGCAGCCAUUGAUGAUAAUCGCGAAUCCGCUUCGUCGAGUUCUUCGUCCCCGUCGCAAAAGAAAAGCAAUUUUAGUAUUUCCGCCAUACUGGCCUAUUGA